AACACCCGAAAUUAUAGAAAUUUAUAACGAAAAUGGAUCAGCAUAGUGCGGAAAAUUGCAAGUGCCACAAGCAAACGCAGCCGGCGCAGCAGACUCUGAGCGAUAUGGACUUUGAUCGUGGCAUUUGGAAUGCAGCCAUUUAUAAUGAUCCUGAACGUGUUCGGGAAUUCAUCAAGAAGGGGCAGACGAUGGCGCGUGACGAGUGCGACUACACGGCCCUGCACUAUGCGGCGAGGAACGGAAACGAGCAGAUCUGUCAGCUGCUGCUCACGGAGGGAAAGGCGGAUGUGAAUGCGGUAACGAAGGGUGGAGCCACUGCUUUGCAUCGCGCUGCCAUGAUGGGACAUUUGGAUAUUGUGAAGCUGCUGGCGGGCAACAAAGCCAACCUGUUGCUGCUGGAUGAGUCCGGACAGAGCGCAUUGCAUCGAGCGGCGAUGCGGGGCCAAUUGGAGGUGUGUCGUUAUCUGCUGGAGCAGCAGCCGGCACUGAAGGAGAUCAAGGACAAGAAGGAUAAGAUACCGUUCGAGUACAUUAUGGAGAAUGCCAAUGAUGAUUUCAAGCUGCUGCUGAAGCCGUAAAAGUAGCCUUCGAUCUAAUCUAAAUUCCAAUUUAAUUUUAGCACUGUUCCUUCUUUAGAAACGCAAAUCCGAUUGUAGAGUUGAUUGCAUAGUUGAAAAACAUAAUGGAUAUAUGUUUGUUUAGUUUGCAGGCCCAUAAUCUAAAUUAAACUUGUGCGUGCUUGCAUUAUCGAUCAGAUCAGUGCACAUAUCUUAUAUUCUUAUCUUUUAUGUCUAUUGUAUUAUGUAUUAUCUAUAAUUUACAUAUCUAAACAGUAAGCGCAAAAAUGUUACUUUCAAAUUGCUUUUAUUGCCUUAGAACCGUGUGGUGGGGUCUAGCCUGUGAAAUCGUGUUUAAAAUUUAACCUUCGGCAUUAGUCAAAAUCAAAUGUUGUCUUAAAGUAAUUUAAAAAGUUAAAAUAAAUAUAUAUGCGAGUGAUGUUUAAAAACAUUGUGACUAGUUAUAGAUCCUAAUGCUCAAGGCCCGCGACUCGAAGCAAUCUACCCAGUUUUGUGUAAAACAGUUGCAACAAUUAAGAAGCUUAGAGUCAUUCACACAUGUAUAACUAUUCUGAUGCUUAUAUGGGCGGGGCAAGACAUUAGCCAAUACAUAUAUAUACGAACUAUAUGCUACCUAAAUACAACAUACAUAUAAAUAUAAAUAACUAUAGCUACACACAAUGAUAAUCUGAAUAAAUUCUUUGAAUUACAACGCUACAA